UUUUUCUUUUCUAUUUAAUUUAUGAAAAGUAUUUUGUCUUAAGUAUCACCUUUCAGAGCCAUCUACUUCAAUUCAAUCAAUGCUAAUUAGUGGCCAAAAUGGCCGUUGCAGUUACUAAUUACUAAUUAGGCCAAUAACCGAAAUCCAGUGCAUUGCACGAUGAAACCGCCUUCAAACAAAUGUGCAUAAAGAAUAAUAGCAAUGAAGACACCACCGAUAGAAGCAUCACCGGUUCAAUGCACCUCAGGAACCAAAAGUGAUGAUGACGAUUUUAUAAUAUUUGAGGAUGAUAGCCCAAAAGAAGUUCGUAUUGGUCGAUUCAUCAAAGUAAAACCAAAUAUUGUCAAAAAUCGUUACAACCGCAAAUUAUUCGAAACAAAAGAUGAUUUUAUUUCAUUUGAGGAUGACAUCGAAACAUGUUUUAAACGAUAUGUUUCUUCAGAUGAUGAAUCCGAUGAUAAAAGUGUUAUCGAAACUGCAAAAAACAGCGAAAUUGUUACCAAGGUUGAUAAAAAAGACGAUAAGACAACUCGACCGGAUUCUGGUUUUAUCGAAAAAAAGGUAACGUUUAAUCUACGUCCAACGGUACAUGAGAUGCGUGUUUGGCAAUUCGCAUAUUCGGAGGCUCGCAAAAGCAUUUGGGAGCAAGUGGGACGCGAUCGAGUUCGAUUCCAAGCAAGAAUCAACAAACUGUCAAACAAGUUGACACCGAUUUUGAAUGCCGCUUUUCGUCAGAAGAUUUAUGAACAACGAUUCCAUGAUGAACAAUAAAAAUUCAUCAUACAACACAACAUACCACACAACAUAACUCAUACCAAACACAAAACAGACCCUGUGAGAAAUAAAUGCAUGAUAGAAUAUAAUAUACUAAUUAAGGCAGUAUUUUAAACGAUUUUUAUACAAUUUAAACCACUUUUCAUCAAUGGACGCACAUCAACUUCAUUUCAUUUUA